AUUUAAUUACAAAAGAAAUACACUUUAUUACGAUUUAAUUAUCAAUUUUAUUAGCUUUUAAAAUAAUAUUUGUGUAAUUUAUUUGGAAGGCGAGAGAAAGUGCGUGAAGAGAGAGAAAGCAAGGGAACGGAGAGAGAGUGGAACGGUUCAACGGCAGCGUUUUCCGGCUACAGAGCAAUGUCGCCCACCCAUUUCCAUCCUCUUUCUCUCUCACACACACACUAAGUGCCGCACAAAUUUCUCACAUCCGAUUCAAGUAUCACCUUAUUUCUUUCGCUGUUUUCUCUCUCUAGAUCUCGAUCCCCCAUUUUCUCUCUUUUUUUUUUUUCCCUUUCCCCUGGUGCGUACAUUUGCCGAUAUCGAGGUUAGGGUUUGGUAAUUGUUGGUUAUCUCGCAUCCCGGAGAAACGAGCUGUGGAUUUUUUUCGUUUUCUCUUCAGGUCGUUUGCGAUGUUCGUUUGUGCUUGAUUGGGUGGUCUGACGAAUUGCGCAUUUGCGUCAGGUCUUCCAGAGAAGAUCUGAGUAGCGUGUAGAGAGAGAGAGAGGGUUGGAGGAGGAGGAGGAAGCGAAAGGGGUAAAAGACAGCGAGUGUGUGAGAGAAAAGAGGAGAAAAAGGGGUGUAAUUUCAGUUGGAUUAAGGAUGAGCGCUUCGAGAUUCAUAAAGUGCGUGACGGUGGGGGACGGUGCUGUUGGCAAGACCUGUCUCUUGAUUUCAUACACCAGCAAUACCUUCCCGACGGAUUAUGUGCCGACUGUAUUUGAUAACUUCAGUGCAAAUGUGGUUGUUAACGGGAACACUGUUAACCUAGGCUUAUGGGAUACUGCUGGACAGGAGGACUACAACAGAUUAAGGCCAUUGAGUUAUCGUGGUGCUGAUGUUUUUAUUUUGGCAUUUUCUCUCAUUAGCAAGGCCAGCUAUGAAAAUGUUUCCAAGAAGUGGAUUCCUGAGUUGAAGCACUAUGCCCCUGGAGUUCCUAUUGUUCUUGUCGGCACAAAACUCGAUCUAAGGGAUGAUAAGCAGUUCUUCUUGGACCAUCCAGGUGCUGUACCAAUCACUACUGCACAGGGGGAGGAGCUGAGAAAGUUGAUUGGGUCACCUGCUUACAUCGAGUGUAGUUCAAAAACACAAGAGAAUGUGAAAGCAGUGUUUGAUGCUGCCAUUAAAGUCGUGCUGCAACCACCCAAGGAGAAGAAAAAGAAGAGCAAGGCUCAAAAGGCUUGCUCGAUAUUGUGAUCACGAAAUAGGUCCUCAUGAUUAUACUCACAUGAGUCAACUGCUCACUAUUGUGGUUCUCCCUUCUUAAAUUUCUAUUUUUCACUUUGCUCUCUCGUUUCCGUUUUUACCCAAGAAUAAGUGUGAGAGUGGCCUUUGAGGAUGCAUUAGUGUUACUCUGUGGCUUUAAAUUCUGUCUCGAGCUUUCUAUGACCAAAUUAGGCCAGUUGGUUAUUUUGAUUUGUGUUUUUACUUUUUAUUUUUUUCUUAUUUUUUUCGGUUUAUUAAUCAGACUAUGAUUCGUGUUGUUGGCUAAUGUUAAGAAUAUCUUACCUUCAGACUACUGACUCGGAUUUUAUUUAUGAUAAUAUGGUUGAUUGUAACUAUUCUAUUGGGUUAUCUUAUUGCAAAAACACUGAUGAAACUCAAGUACCUUUAUAUUUGCUGUCCGCAUACAAUUUUUGUCUUAGAAGAAAAUUUGUGUGGGCCAUUUUUUAUAUUUUGAAAAUGGUUGCCUAAUUUGUUAUCAA